AUGUUGCAUCCUGAAAGGGGCACCAUCUACUACAUCCUCCUCCAGCACAUCUUCUCAGACAACUGCAGCAUCUUCUCAGAUGCCAGGGACAGAGAGCAUGGGCACCACUGGACACUCACAAACCAGUACCAUUGCCACAGCUGGAACAUCAGCUUUCCCAUCCAUAAGUGCACACAGUCCUGCCGUCAGCAGAUCUGCAGGGACAACCCCUGCAGUGUCAGCAAACCUCCCGUCACUCCCUCCAAGACUGCCACCUCAACAAUACCCACCCAUGGUCCUUCUCCCCCCUGGAUGUCCACCUCCUUUUUCUCUAGCAGUUUCUCAACAUCCACAGCUUCCUCAAGUUUUACUCUGAAUCCCAACACAUCAGGUGUUCCCCUCUUCCUCUACGGAUCACAUGUUGGAGAUCAGGAGUUUGUCAGGAGGACUGUGGACUUCACCUCGCUACUCUUCAAACCCCAGAUUGGCUUCCCUUUUGGAUUAUCUCUCAGGGAUUUCCUCUAUUUCACAGAUAAUGGUCAGAUCAUUUUCCCAGAGUCAGAGAGCCAGAUUUUCUCCUAUCCCAACCCUCCCCUCAGAGGCUUCACAGCUAAGGACACUGUGGCCUUAGUGGCUCCAUUUUGGGAUGAUGCAGAUUUCUCCAGCUGUCGGGGAACCAUAUUUUACCAGGAAUAUGAGACACUCUAUGAUGAGCACUACGAACUGGUCCAUCAGGUGGAAAAGUGGAUUAAAAAAUUCACAAACACCUUAUACUACAAAGCCAGGUGGACACUAAAGGUCACGUGGGUCAAUACCCCUGCCUAUCCUGCUCAGCGACCCCUUGGGACCAACACCUACCAGGUCAUCCUCUCCACAGAUGGAAGCAGGUCUUACGCCCUGUUUCUCUACCAAAGUGGCGGUAUGCAGUGGGAUGUGACCCAGCGCCCAGUCAACUCGGUUCUCAUGGGUUUCUCCAGUGGAGAUGGGUAUUUCCAAAACAGCCCGUUGAUAUUCCAAUCGGUGUGGGAGAAGUAUCGCCCAGACCAAUUCGUGGAUUCCAGCUCAGGCCUUCGGGGGCUGCAGUUCUAUAGGCUACAUGGGACAGAAAUAUCCAACUACCGGCUCAGAUGCCUGCGGUGGUUGAAGAGACAGCCUCAGUGGCCCGGCUGGGGGUGGAGCCAGAUCUCCUGUCCUUGCUCCUGGGAGCAGGCCCGCUGGGACUUACGAUUCCAGCCCAGAGGCUGGUGGGGCCUUCAAGGCAGGCAGCUGUGUAGCUUCUCCUCCUGGCGCGGGGGCGUGUGCUGCAGCUAUGGGCCCUGGGGAGAGUUUCUGGAAGGCUGGAGAGUGCAGAGCCCUUGGCAGCUUGACCAAGAACUGGAGUUGCAGAACUGGUGCUGCAGCUGGAACGACAAGCCCUCCUUCUGUGCUCUUUACCAGCAGCAUCGGCUACCGCUCGUCCGCUGUGCUGGUUACCGUCCCCUGCGGCCUGCCUGGAUGUUUGGGGACCCCCACAUCGCCACCUUGGAUGGCAGCAACUUCACUUUUAAUGGCCUGGGGGACUUCCUGCUGGUUCGGGCCCAGGGCAGAAACUCCUCCUUCCUGCUGCAAGGCCGCACGGCCCAGACCGGCUCUACCCAGGCCACCAACUUCAUUGCCUUUGCCGCUCAAUACAACUCCAGCAACCUGAACCCCAUCACGGUUCAGUGGCUCCUGGAACCCAACGACAAAAUCCAUGUGCGGCUCAAUAACCAGACCGUGAUAUUUAAGCCUGACCAUGAAGAUGCAGAAGGGCUGAACAUAUUCAACAGCACCGGAAUCAUCAUGACCCUCAAUGGUUCCCUGGUGUCAGCCAGUUUCGACGGGACGACAACCAUCUCAGUGACGGCUCUCGCCAACAUCCUCCAUGCCUCCUGCAGCCUCCCAGAGGAUUAUCAACACCACACGGAGGGUCUUCUGGGGGUCUGGAAUGAAGAUCCAGAGGAUGACUUCAUGAUGCCCAACGGCUCCAUUGUCCCCAGAAAUAAUCAAUCCCCGCCCUCCAUCGGUGGUCCGCGACAGGUGGAAGCCUACUUGGGGUGCCCCAAGCUGGUUCAGUACACCAGCAGCUCUGAGGACCACAUAUUCACUCUCAGAAAUGACUGUGCUGACUUCACGCUCUUCGAAAAUGGGACAUUGCUAUGGAUACCAGAUUUGCUGAAACCCUGCACUCUGGAGAUUCUAGCAAGAAAUCUCAAGAACAACUUGUCAUCUGUGUUCCAGCCAAAGAUGGUGGUCUGCGCUUGCAAGGCAGAGAGCCAAUGUUUAUACAACCAGACCAGCAGGAUAGGCAAUUCCUCCCUCGAGGAGGCCCACUGCAAGUGUGACGCAAGCACCUUCGGCCCCAACUGCCAGCACACCAAGGACACCUGUGAGGAGCCCUGCUUCCCAAACGUGACGUGCACUCCAGGGAAGGGCUGUGAGGCCUGUCCUCUGAACCUGACUGGGGACGGCCGCCACUGUGCAGUUCUAGAGAGCUCUUUGGGCUGUCACAACAAGUCCUGCCCUGAGAAUUUCUGCUACAACGAGGGCUACUGCUACAUCUCCCAGGCGCUGAACUGCCAACCCACCUGCACCUGCCUCCCAGCCUUCACAGACACCCACUGCUUGGUGGCUGGGAAUAAUUUCACUCCAAGCAUUGUUGAAGAGCUUCCUGUAAGAGUCAUCAAGCUCUUUCUCAGAGAGGAAGAAAAUGCCACCAAAGAAGAGGUCGACGCCUCGGUGGCCUACAUACUGGGGAACCUGGAUGUCCGGGCCUUUCUCCGGAACAGUAAAGUGGAAAAUAUGUAAGUGGCUGGUCUCAACAUGAAGGGUGCCAUUCAGCACUGGGCAGUGACCUCGGAAUUCCAGUACCGCCCUCGGGGCCCUGUCAUCAACUUCCUAAACAACCAGCUACGGGAGGCUGUGGUGGAGGCCUUCUUGCUCCAGGUCCGGUGGAAGAGACGGAGAACGCGUGAGAGCCCCAGGAACAACGUGAUCUUCUACCCCCUCUCCACUGAGCAAGUGCUCAGCUUGGAGGCCUGGAACGUGAGCAUGCUGGAGGCUCGCUUGAGAUGCAACAGCUACAAGGGCUACCACCUGGUCUACAGCCCCCAGGACGGAUUCACCUGCGUGUCCCCGUGCAGAGAGGGCUACUGUGAGCACGGAGGCCGAUGCCAGCAUCUGAUCGAAGGGCCCGAGUGCAGCUGUGUGCCCUUCUCCAUCUACACACCCUGGGGAGAGCGCUGUGAGAGGCUGAGCAUAAAGCCUGGAGCCUUCUUCGGAAUCCUCUUUGGAGCUCUGGGGACCGUCUUGCUGCUGGGGACCAUGGUAUUUGUGGUCCUGCACUACUGGGGCUGCCCCAGGACUCGGUACUCCUAUCCCCUGGACUUGGCAAGUUGA